AGCUCUUUAAAUGAGACUGAAGGAGCUCCUGUAGUAAAGUGUUUUGUUCUUUGUGUCAUUAGUGUAAGAUCAGGCUCACAUGUGUCCAGCUCUGUGUCUGUGAAGAGUGACCGGUCAAAGGAUCAUCCACUAAACUUCAGUGAAGAAACAGCAUCACGAGCCAAACGGCUUCAGUAUGAAACAUUAGAUCCAGAUUUACAGUCUCACAGGAACCACAAGAAUUUUACAGACAGUUUCCUGCAGAUCUUCCAGGAUCUUGAAAGCAAAAUAAUCACAUUUCUGAAGAAAGAACUGGAAAAGUUUAAGAAAAUAUUACAAAAAGAUGAUUUACAAUACUUUGUGAAGGACUUUAAUGAGAGCAGAUGCAGUAUGAAAGAAGCAGCUCUUGAUCUCACGCUCUACUUCCUGAGAGAGAUGAAGCAAGAUGAAGCUGCUGAUACUCUAGAAGAUGAACUGUUCUUCAUUCAUCAGCUAAAGUGUAGCCUAAAGAAGAAGUAUCAAUGUGUGUUUGAAGGAAUUGCAAAGCAAGGAGACUCUACACUUCUGAAGAACAUCUACACAGAUCUCUAUAUCACUCAGGGUUGUAGUGAACAGGUCAAUACUGAACAUGAGGUGAGACAGAUUGAAGUUGCUUCCAGACGUCAUGAAUCACAGGAGAUACAGGUUGAGUGCAAAAAUUUGUUUGAAGUACCUGAACGAGACAAGCAGAUCAGAACUGUUCUGACAAAAGGAGUUGCUGGCAUCGGAAAAUCAGUGUCUGUGCAGAAGUUUGUUCUGGAUUGGGCCGAAGGAAAAGAAAAUCAAGAUAUCAGCUUCAUAUUUCCUCUUCCAUUCAGAGAGAUGAACUUAAAGGAGCAAGAAAAACUAAGUUUGAUGGACCUUAUAACUCAGUUUUUCCCAGAGACAAAAGGACUGAACCUUACAAGAAGAAAUCAGUUCAAUGUCUUGUUCAUUCUUGAUGGAUUGGAUGAAUGUCGACUUCCUGUAAACUUUAAGGAUAAUGAGAC